GCUGCAGCGACCAGAACUGGUAUCCAUUUGUCAGAGGACGCAAAGGGUAAGGAGACAGGUGGCUGUUUCCGCUCCAAGCCCUCCUGGCUGGAGCCCCCCAGCUCUGCCCCCCUUGACCCCAGGACCCUGCGCCCUGUGCUAGGACCUCUAGGAGGCUUCGGGAUGCCUCUGCGUUCUGUGUGCAGGGUCGGGUGCGAUCCCCACGCCCCGAGUCUGCGGGAGAGUCUCUGAGCCCCGCCCCCAUGUCCGAGCCCCCAUGGCGGGCACAGCGCCUGCGGGCGGGCGGCGGGCGCAGCGGGUGAGCAUGCAGGAGCACAUGGCCAUCGACGUGAGCCCGGGUCCCAUCCGGCCCAUCCGCCUCAUUUCCGACUACUUCCCGCACUUCUACCCCUUUGCCGAGCCCGUGCUGCGCACCCCGGACCCGCGCCCUGCCCUGGUCCCUGCCAUCCGCUCCUCACCCCAGCUACAGCCCGACCCAGACCCAGAGGGAGACUCGGACGACAGCACUGCCCUGGGCACCCUGGAGUUCACGCUUCUCUUUGACGCAGAGAACAGUGCUCUGCACUGCACAGCCCAUUGUGCCAAGGGCCUCAAGCCACCAACCUCAGGUUCUGUGGACACCUAUGUUAAAGCCAAUUUGCUGCCAGGGUCCAGCAAGGCUAGCCAGCUCCGGACACGCACAGUUCGGGGCACCAGGGGACCCAUCUGGGAGGAGACACUCACCUAUCAUGGCUUCACCGGCCAGGACGCUGGGCACAAGACCCUGAGGCUAUGUGUGUGUGAGGACCCACGGCUACGACGACGGCGGAGGGCACUCCCUCUGGGGGAGCUGCGGGUGCCCCUGAGGAAGCUGGCGCCCAACCGAGCCAGGAGCUUCAACAUCUGCCUGGAGAAGCGGAGGCCGACCAAGAGGCCAAAGAGCCUAGACACAGCCCGCGGAAUGUCCUUGUAUGAGGAGGAGGUGGAGACAGUGCCUGGGGAGGAGCGUGGACGCAUCCUGCUGUCCCUGUGCUACAGCUCCCAGCGUGGAGGCCUGCUGGUAGGCGUGCUGCGCUGUGCCCACCUGGCCCCCAUGGAUGCUAAUGGCUACUCAGACCCCUUUGUCCGCCUUUUCCUGCACCCAAACUCGGGUAAGAAGUCUAAAUAUAAGACCAGUGUUCGGAGGAAGACCCUGAACCCUGAGUUCAAUGAGGAAUUCUUCUAUGCAGGCCCAAGGGAGGAGCUGGCCCAGAAGGUACUGCUGGUGUCUGUGUGGGAUUACGACCUGGGCACAGCUGAUGACUUCAUCGGUGGAGUACAGCUGAGCGGCCAGGCAAGUGGAGAAUGCCUGCGCCACUGGCAUGAGUGCCUGGGCCGCAGUGACCGCCGGCUGGAACUGUGGCACCCACUGGAUGGCACGCCCCCCUAUCUUGGUGACUAGCCAGCGCAAGACCCUGCUUGUGACCCCGCCUCACAGCAACCAUCACAUCUGACAGAGCUGCAAGGAGCUCCAGGGCUGCCUCACCUGCUGUACCCAUUCCUGCCCUCCACUCUUCAUAGUCACCCCCAUCCCAAAUCAUGAAGCCAAAAUAAACAUUUGCUUCUGAUCAUGGGACCCCCUUCUCUGCCAACACCUUACAGGGCAGACUGGGCUGUGUUCUCUUGUCUCCCACCUUCCAGAGGCCUGAACUGGGCCAGACCCAGCCCUCGCAGUCUGGUCC